AUGCACGAAUACACCAGAAUUGGCAGAUUGGAAGCCAACAGUCGGCUGGCUGGCCGGGAUCAGAUCAAGGCAAACGGGUGGAGAACGGGCAUCGAAUUCUGGCACCGGUCGGACCUGCCUGUUCAGUUUCAGAUGUCCGGAAGCAACGCCAGAAGAUUGCCAAUUGAGCACGGCUUCCGGGAUAAGGUCUGCCGCGAAGAACAAGCCCAGAAUUUCUACCUGCGGUCAUUGUCCGCGGGGCGAGUUAACAAGUUGCGAGUGGAUGAGAUUCCUGACAAGCCCCAUGUUUCCCUUCGGCCCUCAGGGGCCGGGAAAGCCAAUGUGUGA